GCUAUUUAGAAAUUUCUCUUAGAGAAAGUAAAAAAGUAGAACGAGUUUCAAAAGGAAUAAAUGGCCGCACCAGGCCACUCCCACCGGCCCAGUAUAUAUACACAUAGAUGGACGAGAUAAAAUUAUUAUACACAUAGUUUUCCUCACAUAGCAUCCCGGCCACAUACUUGCGGCCAAGCUAGCGCAGCUAUUAGUUUGUGUUAUCCGGGAUUCGGAUAAUUAAUACAUAAUGAAACGCUUCCCGGAUAUAUUGCAGUUUUUUCUCGUGCUGCUCCUGCUUCACGAUCCUUUGUCAAGUCAUGCGGCGGCCACGCCGGAGGAAGAACGGAAAUACAUUGUAUUCAUGGACCACGACGCACUAGAAGUUGGCCCGGCGGCGGCUAUCACUGAGCAAGUAGGGUUGUACACUUCAUCCCUCAAAUCCGUUUCUACCAAAGCGGAAAUGGGGUAUAUCUACCAACAUAUAAAAGGUUUCACGGCCAGGAUCACAGCUACGGAAGCCAAGGCCCUGGAAGACCGCCCGGAAGUUCUGGCGGUGAUGGCGGACACCAUCUUACAUGUGCAUACCACCCGUUCGCCGUCGUUUUUGGGCAUAGAAAACAGCCCCGCCUUCUCCACGGUGUGUGAAAAGGCGUCAACUGAUGUGGUGGUGGGAGUGCUGGAUACCGGGGUGUGGCCGGAGAGUAAGAGCUUCAAAGACGAGGGAUACCCUUCGGCGAAACCAAGUUCAUGGAGAGGAACGUGCGGUUUCGAGAAUCAGUCUUUAUGCAACAACAAGCUCAUAGGCGCAAAGUUCUUUUCCAAAGGAUUUGAGGCUGAAUACCUAAACGCUACUAAUGGGACGCGUUUUAACUGGACGAAAGAGUCCCAAUCCCCGCGAGACUUUAACGGGCACGGGUCCCACACAUCAUCCACCGCAACUGGCUCUCUCGUCCGCGACGCCAGCCUUAAUGGGUUAGCCGUGGGUUCGGCUCGUGGGAUGGCCCCGUGCGCAAGACUAGCUGUCUACAAAGUCUGCUGGACUCAGAUGGGAGUGUGCUCAAGUGCCGACAUAUUGGCUGGGAUGGAUGCAGCGAUUUCAGACAACGUCAACGUCCUUUCGUUGUCUCUCGGCGGGGAUGGUAAACCAUUCUACGCUGACUUAGUUUCCAUCGGAGCCUUCAGAGCAAUGGAGAAUGGAAUCCUGGUGUCAUGUUCUGCAGGGAACAGCGGACCUGCCAUGUUCAGUGUAGCGAACGUGGCCCCGUGGAUUACCACCGUUGGUGCGGGAACCUUGGACCGAGACUUUCCCGUGGAGCUUCGUCUCGGAAACCGGAUGAAAUAUCCGGGCCUUUCAUUUUAUAAUAACAACCAUACUCUUCCCGCCGGAGAGAUGCUCCCGUUCGUGCAUGCUGGAAACGUCAGCAGCAGCGGCAACUCCACCGCCGCGGGUUUCUGUUUGGAAGGCACUCUCGAUCCAAAAAAGGUGCAGGGCAAAAUAGUAUUUUGCAAUCGCGGAGAGAAUGGCAGGGUUGCCAAGGGUAAGGUGAUCAAAGCAGUAGGUGGAAAAGGAAUGGUGUUGGCAGACGGGAUAACGGAUGUGUUUCCGGUGGCAGAUGUCCAUGUACUGCCAGCAAUAGCGGUAGAUUAUGAAACCGGCAAACAGAUAGAGAAGUACCUGCUAUCAUCAUCUGGUAGUGGUAAUAAUAAUGGUAAUAACACGGCCAAAGCCGCAACAGCUACAAUGACCUUCUAUGGGACGAGGUUAGGGGUGAAACCAUCGCCGGUUGUCGCAUCGUUCAGCUCGAGAGGCCCGAAUCCUAUAACCCCGGAGAUUCUCAAGCCGGAUUUGAUUGCACCAGGAGUCAAUAUAUUGGCCGCGUGGACCGGCGGGGUAAGUCAAACCAAGGUAGAAAACGAUCCCAUUGUCGAUUUCAACAUCGACUCGGGGACCUCUAUGUCUUGUCCUCACGUCAGUGGCAUCACAGCAGUGCUCAAAGCAGCCAACCCGGAAUGGAGCCCGGCAGCAAUCCGGUCCGCUCUCAUGACAACGGCCUAUAUGCAAUACCCCGACAACGCUGGCACGAUCAUUGACGAUGCCACGAGAAAGCCAGCCACUCCAUUUGAUUUUGGUGCAGGCAUGGUCAGUCCCGGGCUGGCACUCAACCCGGGACUUGUCUAUGACAUGAACACAAGAGACUACCUCCAUUUCCUCUGCCCCUUGAACUACACCUCCAAGCAACUCCAAACUCUCACUAGGGACAAAUCCCUCACAUGUGAUCCCAGCAAGAUUUAUAGUGUCACUCAUUUGAACUACCCUUCAUUUGCCAUUUUUUUUGCUUUACAUAAGGGAGCCGCCGUCAUCCAGCAGCCAGCAGUCACGCACGUCAGAACACUGACCAACGUAAGAGACACUGUCGAGUCCUACAAAGUCUCUGUUAGCUUACCAACCUCCUCCUUCGUCAGCAUCUCCGUUGAGCCAGAGAUCCUAAGUUUCAACGGGAAAAAGGAUAAGAAAUCGUACAACGUAACGUUCAUCUCUAACAACAAACCACCACCAAAAAAUACCAAUGUUUUCGGAGUUAUCAAGUGGGUCUCUAGCGAUGGAAAGACCACGGUUCAAAGUCCGGUGGCCGUUUCUUGGUAUUACGACUCUUGAUCGACGAUCCAUCUUUAAACACACAACCGAACAACUAUCAAUAUGUGAUCCAUAACCACCUCAUGCAUGCUAUAUAUGGAAUUUGAGGGAUUAUUACACAACCAGAUCGAGUCAUCAUAUGUAUUUCGCUCGUACUGUACUGUAUGAUAAUUAUGCCUGGAUAUCUUUUUUUGUCCUAAAUUUUAGUGUACGUCUUUCUUUUUUGUUCUUAUAAGGUCGUCUUCAGUCUAGUUUCAAAGUUGUGGGCUUUGGUUCUUGAUCCUACAUAUACUAUUUCACUUGUGUCUUGUGUGUUUGUUGUAACGUCAUUGUUAUGGAGGAAUAUGCAACUUAUUAC